AUGACAACGAGACCUACCCACACAUCACUAACAACGGCUUCGAUAUUUGCCAACACCCACAAGACAUCCAAUGCAGACCAUUGUGACGUGAACAAUGGUUUACUAUGCGCUGGAGAUCAACAAACAGUUCACCCAGUAUGUGAAGAUUACGAGAUCAGGGUUCAAUGUUGUUCUGGAUCUGAAGGCGCCCAUUCUCCACCUGAAGUUCCCGUAGAUAUUGGUGGCGGUUCACAAAGCCAGAGCCAAACUCAGACUCAGACUGAAGGUGACAAAGAAGUUCAAGCCAUUGCUGAACAAGUUCAAUCCAUCAUUGAAGGAAUUGAACAAGGUGGAUCAUCCCAUGGUGGGAGCUCUUCAAGCGGGUCCGCUUCAAGUGGGCAACAACAGUCUCAAUCACAGACACAAGUACAAGACCAAGGAGUACAACAGCAACACCAAGAACAACAUCAGGUUCAAGGUGGUGGAGUACAAGUACAACAUCAAGAACAACACCAAAGUCAAGGCCAAAGUGGACAAGUACAACAUCAAGAACAACACCAAGUACAAGGCACAGUGAAUCGCUUCUUAGGAAAUCUUGAGACCGCUGAAAACAAUGAACAACAAAUUGAUGACAACUUCAACAAUCUGUUGAACCAAAUCAACUCCGGUGAAUGGAAAAACAACUUUGAUGUCCAGCAACAAAUCCAAAACCAAAUACAAACACUUGACCAACAAGUUCAACAGCAAUCCAGUGUUCAACACCAAGCACAAGUCAGCGCUCAAAAGGGGUUGGAAAAAGUUUCUAAUUUGAUCAACUCUGCAGAGCAAGCCACAGGUGGUCAAGUUCCCAGGGUUCUUGGCGGGAAGGAGCAUGCUGUAGUGGAAGAACUGAGUGAACAGAAAGCUGAAGACGUGAAGAAUGAACAAGCUAUUCAAGCUCAGAUUAAGGACACCAUCCAUCAAUUAUCGAGUGCUAAAGUAGAAGGAGACAGCCAACUACAACAACUUGUUCAUAAAACUAUCAGUGAUUUGAAUCAACUUGACAACAACCAGAAUGACCUGCUCAAACAAGAGCAACAUCAGCUGCAAACUUUGCUUAACUUCGAUGACACCGAAGACUUACAGAGCGUUGUGCGAAACAUUCAGUCACAAAGCCAAUCUCUAAGCUCUGAUGAUUUGGCCAAAGAGAUGAAUGAUUUGAUCAACUAA